AUGUCAUUGGCUCUCAAUCAUGUUCGCGGCCUUUCGGGGGUGCCUCUGAGAGCGGCGCAGCUGGCUGGCCGUCAAUGUUGCAAGGCCCACCGUUACGGUGAUAAUUCCUUCGCAAAUUGCGCCGGCCUGCCGCGGAGUACCCCCGGAGGCAUUCGACGUCUAUUUCGUUCUCAGGCGACUCUCCGAUACCCCGAACCGCUUGCAACUGACCCCAAAGUUAUCCAAGAGCAAAAACUGCAUCCUCAAGACCCAUCGACCAGCCGGAGUGACGAGGUCCAUGACCCUAAAUCGCAACAAUCGAGUGAGCAGGAUGCGUCAAACCAAACACAACCCGACACUUUGAUGUCGAGGCGACGUUUGAAGAAGUCUUAUGGUCAACCUAAUCCUACCCCAUCACAAUAUCUCGCCAAAGCUCUUCGUCAAACCGGUCAUCCCCUGGGAAAUCAUCAUCUUGGCUCUCAGGAUGUUGAUGCCGUUCGGCACCUGCAGGCUUUGCAGCCAACCUAUGGUCGCCCCGCGCGACUCUCACUACAAACUACCCUUGGAGAGUAUAUACGACUGGUGGAUCCAUUGAUCUCUUCUUCUACGGAAGCAUAUUUGACGGAGCGGUUAGACUCUGCUCUAAGCGAAGUCUUCAGGGACAAUAGCUAUCGCUAUUUGACCACCCGUGGCUAUGAUGUGGGCGACGUGGUGGCCUGGGCAUGGGUUUUGAAGAGCAAAGAUGCUAACCAGGCUAUUCCGCGGUUAUUUGCACAUGCAGUCCAGCACCAGUCCAAAUCCCGCUCUGAAUCCCCCAUCGCCCCUCCAUUUCUGAUUCUCUUCCUUUUGAAACAACCGUAUCUAGAGGCUCGUUCUCUUCGAUUACUUUUGAUUUACUCGUUGCAUCUGAUCAGUGGCCAGCCACUGCCAUGUGAAAAGAUGGUGGGACAGUCCCUGCAGGAGAACUUACAGCUGCCAUCGGGCAAAUUUCAGUCCAAGGUCGAUCAUUCUACUGGCAUGCGUCUAUUUGCCCGCUUGAUUCGGCAUGCUCGCAUUGUGUGGCCUCAGGCAAUGCCUACCAUUGCAAGUGCCUUUUCGCGGUUUAUGAUAGCCACAAAGCCGGGCGAGGCAGAGGAUUCAAUUCUCAAGAAGUCUAAUGCCGACCGUCUGAAGACCAAGAACUUUAACAUUUUCCUUCGCCUACUUUCAGUUCCGUCAAGAGCUCAGCCAUUCCAAUCUACGCCUCUCCAACAGCAAGCCCAGUUUGAACUCCUCCGAGCCAUGGCUAGCCACAAGCCAGUGCUUCCUCUGACACGGAAAGGUUAUCGAGCCGUUGCUGCCAUCCAGCUAGCACAUAAGAAGACAUCGGAGGAGCGGCAGUCAGCCGAGUUAAAGGCUCCUUCGUGGCCGCCGUGGAAAGAAGGAAAGCUGGGAAUAGAUGCCCUUCGGGGCAACGAAGGCAUGUACAGUCGUGCGAUGAACGUACUGUCGCAAAUGCGAGAUGCGGGCUAUUCUAGCAAGCUCUGGGAAGAUGUAUGCUCAAUUCUGGCAGGCUGGGAUACUGAUCGAAGCCCAACAAUUCAGACCAGAGGUUUUAUGCGCUGGUCAAGGACUUUGAGCCGUGCGUCACAUACCAGCCCUGAUCAUACUGCUAUCUGGACUGCUCGUAUCCGUGCUACAAGAACGGUUCGUGAAGCAUGGGCUUGCUUUUUGUCUUAUCAGGACCGCGAUCUUCCUCCCAACGCGGCCAUAUAUACCGAGAUGGCCGAGAAGCUGAUAUAUCGCCAACUGGCUAUCAAGAACCGCUUCGAUGAGUCAGAUCACAUUUUACCUGGCGAUGGCCGUGAAGUCUACGCCGAGCCUGCAUCUGCACGUGAUAUCAUAUAUGUUCACACCGAACCCCCGGUACUCCAAGAUUUUCUGGAGCAAAUGACUUCUCAGGGACUUCGCUUCCCCAGUCGACUGCUCGCUCUGUUGCUUCGGAUGAAACCGGACUUUCGCACCGGCCUGCAGUAUUUGAUCGUCAGUGAUCUCACGAAGGAUCAAAUCAAAGUGCUGUGCACUGUCCUGGGCCACUCAUCCGACUACGAAGCACAGAGCACUGGUGUUCUGCAGACCGUGCCGGACGGUGUGUUUGCCUCCUUCAUCAAAUUCAUUUGCGUAUCCUCGAGUUCCACUUUGCAUGCGGGACCCAAGUCUCUCACGCUCGAGCAGUUCCCUUUCCUCGCAACAGAAAGGCAGCCGCGAAAUUCUAAGACCGUGCUUCCCGACUUUGAAGAUCAUCCACGCCAAGGGUGUCACCCCAGGGCCUUCUGGCACGCGACUCAAUUGGUCAAGGCUCGGCAGACUCCCUGCACACCGGCCUGGACCCACAUACUAAGCGCUUUGGGGAGUACAAGCUCCAAUUAUUUGAAGGAGAACAAAGCCUGGAGGCGUGUUAUCGCGUGGCACGAAGCCCUUUUGGCAUUGAAAUGGAUGAAAGACCACGAUAUCGAACCUAGUUUGGAUGGCUUCCAUGCUAUGUGCAAGGUCUUCAAUGAAGCCGUCAAUGCGGGGCUUAAGCAUCCAGAUGAAGCUGAAGAGGCAUUCAACUUGGUCCAAAAAGCUACCCACGGCGCCGAGGACUGCGAGGUUCUUGGACAUGAGCACUUUGAUGCAAUGGUUGAGAAUGGACUGCUUGUCCUGAAAUCACAGUUUGAUUCCCUUGUUCUCCCUGCCUCCUCGGCCUCAAAACUAGCGGAGCAGAGCAUAUUCACGGAGAACAGCUCAAUCGAUUCACAGCUUCAAGUUCCCACAAUUCUUCAUGUGCCAUCGUUUGCGAUACUGCAUCGUUUCGUUCGGGUGUUGGGAGCAGUGGGGGACGACGGGGGAGUGGUGCAUCUGCUGCAGUGGAUGAGCCGAUCGGCUGUUCCGUUGAAUGCAGCCGCUGAUGAGCGACUGAAUGGGGAGAAAAUGCGGCGGCAGACCCUGGCGGCGGUCCGAGUGACCUUGGAACGACUACAAGCUGGGCCGACUGACUGUGAUCGGAUCGCGUCUGAUCCUGCUAAAGUGCAGGAGGCGUACGAUAUCAUCAGUCAGACCCCCGGCUGGGACUGGCCCAGUGAUGAAGAGGUUGAAGAUUACUGCCGGUGA